GUUACCCCUUUCCUUCCGCCAGCCAGAUACGCGAAGUUCUGACUCUGUAAUGAUAGCAACAUAAUCUUGCAAUAUCGCUGCUAAAGAUGGACGACUUGCAAGAUGUCACAGUGACAACAGCCGCGCAACAAGCAGCCCCGGGCGUUUCAUCUGUUGACCUCGUCAUUUUGAAGUUUGCAAAAUUUCUGUUAUGGGGCGUCAGCUUGUUCGCUGCCACCAAGUUGGCCGAGUGGUUCUUCCAAAACAAGCUGAAGGCCGCCACCCCGGCCGCGAUCUCCUCCAGCCAAGCAGCCGCAUCAACAGCUGCAGCCUCGGGAUCUGCGGCAAAGGCGGAGGAGAAGCAGCCGGAAUUUGAUGAGGCCAAGAACAAGAAGGAGGUGGAGGCGGUGCUGGCCCGGGCGCAGGCGCAGGCAGCAAAGGGCGGCGAGGGCAAGUUGACUCUGGAGCACAUGGUGCUGGCGCUGGCGGAGAACCCCAGGUUCGGCGAGAUCCUGUCUUGCGCGGAGGGCCUCACGGAGGAUGACCUGCGCAAGGCCGUGAAGAAGAGCCGCGUCAUGUACAACCACGGCGAGGCGGGCAUGGAGAUCAGCGAGCCCACGCCCACGGCUCUGUCCCGCUACGGCCGCGACCUGACCGCGCUGGCCCGCGCCCGCCAGCUGGACCCGCUCAUCGGCCGCACCGACGAGCUGCGCAAGCUGUUCAACGUGCUGUGCCGGCGCACCAAGAACAACCCGGUGGUGCUGGGCGAGAGCGGCGUGGGCAAGACGGCGCUGGUGGAGGGGCUGGCGCAGCGCAUCGCAGCCGGCGACUGCCCGCCCGCGCUCAAGGGUGCGGCCAUCAUCGCUCUCGACCUGGGCAUGCUGAUGGCGGGCGCCACGUUCCCCGGCGAGUUCGAGCAGCGCAUGUCCGCCGUGCUCAAGGAGCUGUCCGACCUGCCCAAGGGGCCGCCGCCGCCGCUGCCCGGCGCUCCGCUGCUGUCGCCGCCCUCCGAGCCGCCGCCCAGCAGCUGCAUCCUGUUCAUUGACGACAUACACAACGUCACUGGGCCCAACGCGCAGCAGGGCGGCGGCGUGAAUGACGCCUCCAUGCUGCUCAAGCCGCUGCUGGCUCGCGGCGAGCUGCGCUGCAUCGGCGCCACCACGCCCGACAAGUUCCGGCGCUUCAUCGAGAAGGACCCCGCCCUGGAGCGCCGCUUUCAGCAGCUGCACAUCGCUCAGCCCACGCCGCCCGAGGCCAUCUCCAUCCUGCGCGGCCUGCGGGCUCGCUACGAGAAGCACCACGCGCUGCGCAUCACGGACGCGGCGCUGGUGGCGGCAGUGGAGCUGUCGCACCGCUACACCGCAGACCGCUUCCUGCCGGACAAGGCCAUCGACCUGGUGGAUGAGGCGGCAGCGAGAGUGAAGCUGGACCUGGACCAGCGGCCUGCGGUCCUGGACCGCAUCAUCCGCCGCAUCGGCCAGCUGGAGGCGGAGCGCAAGCUGCUGCGGAGGAGCGCAACAGCAGCAGCCUUCGGCGGGUCUACGCGCUGGAGCUGGCCGCUGGACUUCACGGACAUCGGUGUGGACCGGCGCGACGCGCUGCGGCUGACGGAGCUGGAGGCGGAGCUGGGCGCACUGCGGCGGCAGCGCGACGACAUGACCGCGGCGGUGGACGUGCAGCAGAGCGAGGCUCGCGAGCUGGUGCGUGUGACGGGCGAGCUGGAGGCGCUGCAUGAGGAGCUGGAGGCGGAGGAGGCGGGCCGCAGCGAGGCGGCGCUGGCGGAGGGCGCGGACCGGCCCAAGACCGACAAGGAGCGCAUCGCUGCCGACCGCGAGCGCACCCGGCGGCGUGAGGAACUGCUGGCCAAACUGCAGGCGGCGCAGGCGUCGGCUCGCCUGAAGCGCGAGGCGGCCGAGACCGCCAGCAAGCGCGGCACCUGGGCGUCAUGGGGGGGCAGCGGCGGAAGAGAGGUGACAGAGGCUGACGUGGCCUCGGUCAUCAGCGGCUGGACCGGCAUCCCGCUCACCAAGCUGGUGGCCAGCGAGCGAGACAGCCUGCUCAAGCUGGGCGACGAGCUGCACAGGCGCAUCAUCGGGCAGGAGGAGGCGGUGAGCGCUGUGGCGGACGCCAUCCACCGCAGCCGGGCCGGGCUCAAGGACCCCAACGGCCCCAUCGCCUCCUUCCUGUUCCUGGGGCCCACCGGUGUGGGCAAGACGGAGCUGGCCAAGGCGCUGGCGGCGCAGCUGUUCAACGCCGAGGAUGCCAUGGUGCGGCUGGACAUGUCGGAGUACAUGGAGAAGCACGCCGUGUCCAAACUCAUUGGCGCGCCGCCGGGCUACGUGGGCUUUGACGAGGGCGGCCAGCUGACCGAGGCGGUGCGGCGGCGGCCGUACACCGUGGUGCUGUUCGACGAGGUGGAGAAGGCGCACGUGGACGUGUUCAACCUGCUGCUGCAGCUGCUGGACGACGGCCGCCUCAGCGACUCGCAGGGCCGCACGGUGUCCUUCAAGCACACCAUCAUCAUCAUGACCUCCAACCUGGGCUCCAGCGAGAUCUACAAGGCCACCGCCGGCCGCGCCCGCACCCAGCUGGCCGCCACGCCCCUCGCCGCCGACAGCAACAUCCGCGACCUGGUCAUGGACCAGGUUCGGCGCCACUUCCCGCCCGAGUUCCUGAACCGCGUGGACGAGUUCAUCAUCUUCGAGCCCCUCACGGCCGUGCAGAUCCGCUCUGUGGUGGCUCUGCGGCUGCGCGGGCUGGUGUCGCGGCUGGCGGAGAAGAAGGUCCGGCUGGUGCUGGCGGACAGCGCCAUGGACCACCUGGCGGCCAAGGGCUUCGACCCCAUCUUUGGCGCUCGCCCCGUCAAACGCGCCAUCCAGCGCGAGCUGGAGACGCCGCUGGCCCAGGCGCUGCUGCGCGGCGACUUCGAGGAGGACGACAGCAUCUUUGUGUGUGCGCCCGCCGGCGAGACCGAGCUUGACUUCCGCCGCGUGCGACCCGGAGAGGAGCUGCCCUGCGUGUCAGACACGCCGCACGCGCCCACCGCCGCUACCGCCGCCGCCGCCACAGCCGCCACAGCCACACCCGCCGAUUCCUCCUCCUCCUCGGCGCCUGCCGCUCCCGCGGCCCCUGCCGAGACCAACGCCGCCGCCGCCGCCGCCGCGCCCAACGGUUCCGGACCCAAAGCCUCCACCGGCAAAGGCGGCGGCCCGUCUCUGCCUCCGCGCGGCGGCAAGGCGGCGGCGCGGGAGCGGUUCGACCCCACGCGUGUGCUGAGCGAGAAGCACGCGGCGGGCGAGGACAUCACGCGCGACGGCUCCGAGGCCAACCGCGACGACUUCUCGCUGCCCACCUCCGCCAACUGAUUGCUGAACUGUGGUUGCGUGCGAUGUCGUUGGGGUGAAGGGGUGGAGGCGGGGCCUGGUUGUGGCCAGGGCUGGCGGAAGGGUUGGCUGUGGGAUGUGGAGUGUGGGGGUGGCGGCGCGGUUAUGGGUGCUGGGGGAGUGUUAAAAAACGAAACGAAAGCCCGCCCAGCGACGCGAGCUGGGGGAGCGUGUGCGUGCCGUGGUGGUGGCAGGGGCGCUGGAGUGGGCGGGGGUGUUUCAGGUGUAGCUGUCGUCAUUACGUGGUGCUUUCCCACAGGAUCAGCCUAGCAGAAGCGUCCUGCGUCCGGCUGGGCGCGAGGGCACGAGGCGGCUGAGUGGAGGGCGGCGAUGCCCGUGUAACGUACGGUUCGU